AUGCACAGUUACGAUCAUCAUCAUUAUCCUAGCACUACAACUUUACAGCAUGUACGAACACCCUCAAGAAUAAUGUCCAAGUCAAACAGGUCACCUAAAUCAGGCCCGAUGGAUUCUCCGAUUCCGACUAUCUCGGUCGAUACGUCGGCGUUGGACUCUCCAGAAGAAGAGAUGUAUUAUGCUAAGCAGCAGUUUCUCUCACCUGCGUCAGCGGUGUCUUCUGUGCCCAGUCGACGACAUUCGUUCCUUCACCUUGAUCCCCAUCCAACCCCAAAUACAAGCCCGCGUUCCCCCACCUAUACGAGGCCUCGCCCGCAAUACACUCUCAACUACUCGCACCUACACUCACAGGUCCAGGUUCGUGGAGCCCAAACCCAACCCCAAGCUCAGAUUCGAGCACAGCAACUUCUCUCCGUAGCCGACUUCCUCGCGCAACAAGAGCGCGAAAUGGCUGCCGAGGUCCAGCGUGUAAGUGCACAGAUUCGAGAUCUAAGACAGUGUCAAGGACAACAUCAAGUUCGGGAUGGGAUGGUGGUGGAGAGUUCAGGUUCGGAUGCGGAUACGGAGGAGGUGUGCGUUGUGGUCAUCACUGCGGUUUGA